GACCGCGGAUCGCGGCGAUCUUCUGCUCGCGUUCCAGUCGGCCGAGGCAUCGUCACCAUGUCCCUAACGGCCUCGGCUGACCGGGGCCUGGGGGCCCUAUGGUCCCCAACCCACGUGAAGGUGACGGUGCUGCAGGCGCGGGGCCUACGGGGCAAGGGCCCCGGGGGCGCGAACGACGCGUAUGCGGUGAUCCAGGUGGGCAAGGAGAAGUACGCCACGUCGGUGUCGGAGCGCAGCCUGGGCGCGGCGGUAUGGUGGGAGGAGGCCACCUUCGAGCUGCCUUCGCUGCUGUCCCCCGGGCCCGCGGCCGCCGCCACCCUGCAGCUCACCGUGCUGCACCGCGCGCUGCUCGGCCUCGACAAGUUCCUGGGCCGCGCUGAGGUGGACCUGCGGGAGCUGCACCGCGACCAGGGCCGCAGAAAGACGCAGUGGUAUACCUUGAAAUCCAAGCCAGGAAAGAAGGAUAAAGUGCGAGGGGAAAUCGAGGUUGACAUCCAGUUUAUGAGAAACAACAUGACGGCCAGCAUGUUUGACCUUUCCAUGAAAGACAAAUCUCGGAAUCCAUUUGGAAAACUGAAGGACAAGAUCAAGGGAAAGAACAAGGACAGUGCCUCUGAUACUGCUUCUGCCAUCGUCCCUAGCACGACACCUUCAGUUGAUAGUGAUGAUGAGUCUUCGUCCAAAGACAAGAAAAAGAAAUCCAAGAUCAAGACCUUGUUUUCCAAGUCGAAUCUGCAAAAAACUCCACUUUCCCAGUCCAUGUCUGUUCUGCCGACUUCAAAGUCAGACAAGGUCCUGCUUCGUCCUGGAGACUUUCAGUCCCGGUGGGACGAUGACGACAAUGAGGACGAGUCCUCCUCAGCCUCAGAUGUCAUGUCUCACAGGAGAACUGCAAGUACAGACCUUAAGCAGCUAAGCCAAAUCAACUUCACCCUUCCCAAGAAGGAAGGACUCUCCUUUCUUGGUGGCCUUCGGUCUAAAAAUGAUGUCCUUUCUCGCUCUAACGUCUGUAUCAAUGGGAAUCAUGUUUACCUGGAGCAGCCAGAAGCCAAGGGUGAGACCAAGGAUAGCAGCCCUUCUUCCUCCCCAUCCCCCCAGGGCUUCAGAAAGAAACAUCUGUUCUCAUCUACGGAAAACCUGGCUGUGCGGUCUUGGAAGGAGGCUGGGGAAGGAGGUGGGAUGUCUUCUGACAGGCAGCUGUCGGAGUCUUCCACCAAGGACUCUCCGAAGUCUAUGUCCCUGCCUUCCUACCGACCACUGGUCAGUGGGGACAUUAGGGAAAACACGGCUCCAGCAAAUGUGGAGGCUGCAAAAGAAGCCAAGGAGAACAAGAAGCAGGAGACCAAGAGGUCCUCUCUGCUUUCUCUGGUGACGGGGAAGAAGGAUGUGGCUAAGGGCAGUGAAGGUGAAAGCCCUCCUAGCAUCUUGGGGAAGGAGAAGGAAGGCACGUUCACAGAUGUCAAACCGAGGGAGGAUGCAUCAGCAUCUGCUGGAGACCUAGUAAGAAGAUCCGAAAAAGAUACUGCAGCUGUUGUCUCCAGGCAGGGUACCUCCCUGAGCCCCUUUGAAGAUGUGCAGAUCACAGAACUGGAAGCUGACCCAGAGUCCAAGUCUGAACUGAAACGGCCAGUUCCCUCUCCAAGGGCUCCCCAGACCAGAGCUGUCAAACCCCGACUGGAAGUGUCUCCAGAGGCUCAGCCCACAGCCAGGCUUCCUUCUCCCCCUGACUCCCCACCCCUUUUUCCUGCUGUCUCUUCCAGUUCUGUCCAGGCCCCUGUCCCCUCUGAAUUGGGGCACAGUUCCAACACACAGUCCUCUGAGAGUCCUUCUGUCUCCUCCUCUUUCUCGUCUCCCAUAGCUGCCCCCAUUUCCACAUCCACUCCUAUUGGGUACUGGCCUCCCACAGACAAGAGCCAGGCUGGGCCUGAAGAACCAUCCCUGCUCCUUAAAGCAGAGUUGCACAAGGAGAGUGUAGCAUCAGUUCCAAAUUCUGCUUUUUCUGCCUCGGGAUCACAUUUCAAACAGCCACCUAUUCCUGUGUGUAAAGGGAUGGAAGAUUCUCCAACAAUGAGGACCAGUGAGAUGGGCACAGAGGAGAAAACCAGCAGGGACGAAUCAGAGGAGUUGCUCCUGAAGCAACCUGUUUUGGGGCAAAAAGAAGAGGAACUUCUGAGGUGUAACCCCAGAAAACAAGACUGCAUGCCAUCAUCUGAUGAGGCUCAAGAAGAAAUGUCUCCCCCUUCACUCAGCAGCAGCAGAAUUGCAAACCCAGCUAGGAAGCCUCCAACUGGAGGAAACACAGACUUUAAAAAGAGCCAGUCUAGAUCUUUUGUGGAGGACAAAGCCAGGGAUGAUGGAGUGACUUCUGCAGUUAAAGGGGUGCCCCCUCUUCACAUGGGAGAAUUGGUCCCCUCACUUGACUCCAUGAUACAGAAACCUGAAGAGAUGGACCUGAGUGUCAGUGGGGGCCAGAAGAAAACCAAGAAGCGCGUGUCGUUUUCUGAGCAGCUCUUCACUGAAGGGGACGUGAAGAGCUCUGCUGGGUUGGAAGAAGAGGAUGAACAUUGUCCCCAGGAACUGCAAUAUGCAGGGGCUACUGCUGGAAAUGUGCCUGAUGGAGAGCCUGCUGGGUCUCCCCACACCAAAGAUUCAGACAGGGAAUUUGUCACCACACCCGGGCCGGUGAAUUGCAUUGUGCCAGCAUCCAUGGCGGGUCACCUCCUCCACUCCUCCCAGGAGGACAGUUUCUCAGAAGGCCCCGCAAAGGAAGCAAGUCCCGUGAAAGACACUCUACUCUUUAAGACUGAGGGGGACAAUACCCUUCUGGUGCAAUAUCAGAGCAAAGCCAGUGACCAUGAAGGUUUAUUGUCUGAUCCCUUGAGUGACCUUCAGUCUGUCUCAGAUGUUAAGUCUCCAAUCAUGACUGAUCUGAACUUAACCCUCCCUUCCAUUCCUGAAGUUGCAUCAGAUGAUGAAAGAGUAGAUCAUGUUGAAGAUGACAGAAAGACAGCAAAGUUGGCAACUCUGGUUGUAGGACCUUCGUCUUCAAGCGUGGCACUCCCCUGUCCUGAGAAGGGAGAGGGGCUGAGUGGCGAGGGAGAUGCUUUGGCACCCGUGGAGAGCCUAUCUGACUUCAGGUCAGAAGCACCCAAAGCAUCUGUGACAGCUCCUUCAGAGCAGCCUGCAGUGCUAGGAAUUCACAAACCACAUUUUGGCCAGAGCUCAAGCCCGGAUAAACAGCUGCCAGGUCCUGGCGAGGAAGAGCAGCUGAAGGGAAAUGGGAGUCCCAGUCUGCCUCCUGGCACGUUCCUGGACUCUCCUAUGCCCGGCCCCUCCCUUUCUGAGACCUUUCCUGCCACACACUCUGCCCACAGCUCUCCACACUCUGACACUCACCACAGCAGUACAGCAGAGUCUCAAAACAAAGCCACAGCAGAGGGCUCGGCUGGUAAAGUUGAAAACUUUGGCAAGAGGAAGCCGCUCCUUCAGGCCUGGGUCUCACCCUCAGAGACACAUCCAGUCUCAGCUCAGCCAAGCGCUGGAACUGGGUCAGCCAAGCACAGACUUCAUCCUGUGAAGCCAAUGAACACAACAGCCACUAAGAUUGCUAACUCCAGCUUGGGAACUGCUACCAUCAUCAGUGAGAACAUGAUCAACGAGGCCAUGAUGAAGAAAUACACCCCCUCGGACCCUGCUUUUGCCUAUGCACAACUGACCCACGAUGAGCUAAUCCAGCUGGUUCUGAAGCAGAAGGAAACCAUAAGCAAGAAGGAGUUCCAGGUACGUGAGCUGGAAGACUACAUCGACAACCUGCUUGUCAGGGUCAUGGAGGAAACCCCCAACAUUCUUCGCAUCCCAGCUCAGGCUGGCAAGAAAGCAGGAAAGAUGUAAACAGCCAGAAUGAAACACUGAGAUGUGUGGUGAGCUUGUUUCUACCUGCACCUGGGGUCAGGUACUCGCUAUGCCCGAAAACCAACCAGCAGGCUCUAAAUCACCACCUCCCUCGCCUGUUAUCUGGCAAGAGUCAGUUCUACCAGUUGAAGCCAGUCUAAUUAUUACAAUGAAUCUUUUACUGUAUGUCCUCUUUAUUUUUAAAUGCCACUGUGCCUUUAACUAUGUUGUAAAUAUUUUAUGCCCACCAGAGACGUGGUUAUAAGAUCUGAUCCUGAGCCUGAGCUUCAGAUGGCAUGUGAGGUAUUAAUGUAUUUUAACAAGGGAGUUUUCUU